GACAAAAUCUGAAAACGACGGAGAAAAUGGAUGGAACCCACCCACACCGCACCGCACCCACUCGUAACCUAAACAAUCAAAAUUCUUACACUUGAAGCCCUAAUUAUCAACUUCAGUUCACUUGAUCGGAAGGAAGCAAGAACAUCUCAAUCAUCCAUGGCUGAUGAUGCCGCAAGCACCAGCACCAUUACUAGUAGAAUCAACACCUCCAUAACUGACAUAUCACAUGACCAUCUCUUCUCCAUCCUUCUGCUCCUACCUCUGGAAUCCAUCCUGUCGUUUGCCAUGACCUGUAAGAAAACUACUCGCCUAACUCAAUCCCAUACUCUCUGGAAAUCCAUCUGCACCAGGGAUUGGGGUCACUCCACCGUCGAUGCCCUCGUCAAUUCUUCCUCAUCUCCUCUUUCUAUCGACUGGAAGAGACUCUAUCAGCGUCUCCGUAACCUUGAUCGGGUCGCCUGCUAUACGCUCACAGAUUCGGAGACUUCCCCUGGUCCUAGAGCUUCUCAUUCUCUCAAUUUUUUCUCCGGAUGUCUCGUUCUCUUCGGUGGCGGAUCCGAAGGAGGACGCCAUCUUGAUGACACAUGGGUAGCCUACAUAGGAAACAGCUUUAGAAGAAAGAUGAACUGGCAAAGAGUAAUAUCAGAAGGCCCAAGUGGGCGAUUUGGUCAUUCAUGUGUUGUUAUAGGCAAUUGUCUUGUCCUCUUUGGAGGCAUCAACGAUAGUGGAAUCCGUCAAAACGAUACAUGGAUGGCUCAAGUAGAAACCACCACUGGUGCAUUAUCAUGGAGACUACUCGAUGUUGGCCCAAUCACACCUCCAACAAGAGGAGCCCAUGCCUGUUGUCUGAUCGAUAACCGAAGAAUGCUUAUCCAUGGAGGAAUCGGGUUAUCUGGAAUGAGAUUAGGAGACACAUGGGUGUUAGAUUUAUCUGAGAAUCUCUGUUUUGGGACAUGGCAUGAAACAGUGAGUCACCAUGACCCUGUUCCCUCACCUCGUUCAGGACACACAUUGACUUACAUUGGAGGAAGUAGGAGUGUUUUGUUUGGAGGUAGAGGGAUUGGUUAUGAAGUGCUUAAUGAUGUAUGGUAUUUUGAUUCGUCUGAAGGGCAUCUAAAAUGGGUACCAAUAGUCUUUGAGCUGAGAAGCAUCCCUAAUGGGCUUUCACUUCCUAGAGUUGGACACUCGGCUACUUUGAUUUUAGGAGGGAGGAUUCUUAUCUAUGGAGGUGAAGAUUCUUAUAGACACAGGAAGAAUGACUUUUGGUUGUUGGACAUAAGUCAGGGGUGUAUGUGGAGGAGGCUAAAAUCUGAAGGGUAUCAGCCGAAAAAUAGGUCAUUUCAUCGAGCUUGUGCAGAUGAAUCUGGGCGUUAUUUGUAUGUUUUUGGUGGAAUGGUGGAUGGGAUUCUUCAGCCUGCUGAACCUGCUGGACUUAGGUUUGAUGGUGAACUUUUUGUGGUAGAACUUGUAUUGUAAAAUGUAAAUAUUAUUGUAUAAGUUAAAGAGGAGUUUGUAAAUUGUAAGUAAGGGGGUGUUUGGGUAGGAAAAAAAGAGGGUGCUUAUUGCUUAUUGCUUAUUGCUUAUUCCCACCACAAUAAGCUAACUUUGAGUGUUUGGAUAAAAUCUUUAAAAAUCAGCUUAUUAAGCUAAAUAAGCUAAUUUUAAUAAGUAUCUCUCCCCAUGCGUAUUGCUUAUUGCUUAUUCCCACCACAAAUAAGCUAAUAAGCAAUAAGCUAAUAAGCUAAUCCAAACACCCCUAAGUUGUAACGUGUACAACUUGAAUUAAAUUUGAAGGAGGCGUAGGGCAUGCACACCACUAGAGCCA